CGCGGCACGCACGACCUGAAGAAUAAUAAUAAGACAGACGAAAAGACGUCACUUUUAUGCCUUCUUUUUUUUAAAACCCACCAUAACAUUGAGAACUUUAUAACUGGAUAAAAACUGACCAAGCUACUCAACUAACUACAUGAUUGUACAUACUAUACUGGUCCGAAAACAGCGUAAAACAACUACGGACGACUUAAAUUUGUAGACAACAAUAAAUUAAUGUAAUUGUCAAUGUAAAAAAAAAAGAAAAAAAGAAAUUUUAAUAUUUAAAAGUUGUAUGACGUAGGGAAAAGCCUGAAAAGAAAAUUACACACGCGAAUUUCUUGGCGCAAAUGAUUCAAUAUGGUAGCAGAAAAACUACUACGACAACUUCGAACACCUGGCCGAGAUGAGGCAACAGAUCUACUCCAGGCUGCAAUGGUGGCCAAACAACCUGUUUCUGCCCCCUCGCUUGCGACACCUUGAGACACAGCAGCCCAAUGGCCGACACACGCCUCCUCCCUCCUCCAAUCACACCAGCUCCUCUGGUCACGUGACUCCAAAUAGCUACCAGAACCAUUAUAACGGAUCCUAUCACCAACCGAGCAGCGGUUCCGGCCGCGAGAGUCAACAAAAUGGCCGCCAUGAUGCUGAUCCGAGCAGCAGUUCUAAUCACGUGACCCAAUCCGGAAAUCGCAACCGUCAUCGUCAGCUACCUCAUUCCCACAACAGCAGCAGUAGUAG